UAAAUACAUUUGAUAUCAAGCGUGUUCAAAAACAAGGAAGAGAAAGCAGAAUGUAACAGAAAGGAAUCUAUCAGCUGAUUUUAAAGAAAGAAAACAUUCAGUUUAAAGCUCAGAACACGGUCUUGACCAGAAGGAAGCUAAAAUGCAUUCCCCUUUGUCUUUGGAGAUCAGGUGCUCCGUGUGUCUGAGUGAUUUUACAGAUCCGGUGACUCUCUCCUCUUGUGAGCAUUCGUUCUGUCGUCAAUGCAUUACUGGCCAUAUGCAGGCCAGCCUGGGACCAAGCGCCUGUCCAGAAUGCCAAAAACCUUACAACGAAAAAGACCUGAAAUCCAGCCGCUUGCUGAGAAACAUGACCUCGACAGUACGAGGGCACCUAGCUGAGCAGAAAUCAGACAGAUCCACACCUCAAGAAGGAACACAAACAUUAAAGCUAGCAGAUAUGGAGAAGAUGCUGAUGUGUUCUGAACACGACGAGAAGCUCAAGCUGUUCUGUGAGACUGAUCAGAAGCUGGUGUGUAUCAUCUGCAGGGAUGGAGACAAGCAUAAAGGACACGUCUUUAAACCAGUGAAAGAAGCUGCAGAGAUAAACAAGGGGAAGCUAAAGACUGCUUUGGGUUUUCUUGCCAAAGAAAAUGGACAACUGGAUUACAUGAUACAACAACAGACCACCAAGAUCACCAAAACUGAGAAUAAAUCCAAAACCUUAUCAGCACAGAUCUCUGAUCAGUUUGAAGAAAUGCACAAGCUCUUACGAAAAAAAGAGGAUGAGGUGAAAAAACUGUUGGAGAAGGAGAAGAAAGUUACAGAAGCCUUGCAGACUAAUCAGACUGUGAUAAAUAAAAGGUUCAUGGAGAACAAAGAGAAGGAGAUUAUUCUGCAGUCAGCUUUGGAGAUUGAUCAACCCGAUCACUUUCUACAGUGGUGGAAUGAAAAUGGAUUUCCAAUGACAAAUAACAUGAAGCAAAAAGCUGGUGUGAAACCAUCAAAUACCCAGUAUAUGUCAAGAGUGAACGAUCUCACAGUUCUUCCUGACUCCCUCUUUCUUGGUCCCCAUGAAACUCACCUGCAGUUUUUCGUGUGGAAGGAGAUGCUGGGAUCCAUCAAACCAGUUCCUGAGAGUUUAACCCUGAAAAAUCCUGGAGAGUCAUAUUUAAAAGUAUCUCCAGGGGGCGCCAGAAUCCGACAAGCUGACAGAGCGACUGGUCUGUAUAAAGACUUCAACCCUGGUACGGUUUCAGAGGAGAACUUUCAGUCUGGUCAGCACUACUGGGAAGUAGAGGUCGGAGAAAAGCCAGACUGGGCCGUGGGAAUCAAGAUGGGUACAGACAAGCAGCAGAGUGAGAUCCUGCUCCACCUUAAAAACAAUAAAGGCUACGUUCUGUCCUGUGAUGGAAAAGACUCUCCAUUAAACACUCGAGACAAACCUCAGAAAAUCGGCUUGUAUCUGGACUGUGAGAGAAAGCAGGUGUUGUUCUAUAAUGCUGACAACAUGACUCGGCUGGUUCAGAUAAACUACUGCUCAAAGCAGCCUUGCUGUGUUAGUCUGGUGCCAGGAGUUUAUAUGGAUGGUAAAAACAGCGAUCCGCUCACUGUCUGCUCAUAUGAGUUCAACACUGGGAAACGUUAAAACACCAACAGAUUCAUAUAAACAUCACACUGUUACUAAAUCUGUAUCUUUAUUUCACAUUUGUAUCAGUCAGUCACUGCAAUGAUGAUAUAAAAGGAUAUAAAAGGAGUAUAAUUUAAAUGUAAUGAACAAUUCUUUAGAUUGAUUUCUCACAUCUUGUUUUCAUUUCCUGCUGACUAAUUGCCAGUAAGUAAGAAAGUUAUGAAAAGUUUCUUUUUUUGCUCAUAACUUAUGAAAAGUCUGGCCGAAAAUUGCAAUUCUUGUCUCUUGCAUUUUGUCAUAAAAUGCUUUUAAUUUUUUUUAAAUUAAUUUAUUCAUUAAUUCAUUCGUUUUCUUUUCGGCUUAGUCCCUUUAUUCAUCAGGGGGCGCCACAGCGGAAUGAAACACCAACUUAUCAAGAUCAAGCGUAUGUUUUACACAGUGGAUGCCCUUCCAGCUACAACCCAGUACUGGGAAACAUCCAUACACACUCAUUUACACACAUACACUACCUCCAAUUUAGUUUAUUAAACUAACCUAUUCUGCAUGUCUGUAUUCAGUUCACCUGUACCACAUGUCUUUGGACUAUGUGGGAAACCGGAGCACCCGGAGGACACCCACGCCAACAUGGGGAGAACAUGCAAAAUCCACACAGAAAUGGCCACUGACCCAGCCGGGACUUGAACCAGUGACUUCUCUUGCUGUGAGGGGACAGUGCUAACCACUGAGCCACCGUGCUGCCCCUUGUUCAUUUAUUUUUAAUGUUUUUUUGCAACACCACCUUGUGGACAAAACAAAUCUAAUGACUUAAAAAAUGCCAUAUUCAUGUAUUCCAUGAUUCCCAUGAUUAUUAACUCAGUAUUGGGUGUUAUACCUGCCCCUGAGAUUGUGGUAGUUGGGUAUGUAUAUAGUCAAUCAAUUUUCCUAUAUUUAGAAAGAGGUUGGCGACGCAGUGGCGCAGUAGGUAGUGCUGUCGCCUCACAGCAAGAAGGUCACUGGUUCGAGCCUCGGCUGGGUUAGUUGGUGUUUCUGUGUGGAGUUUACAUGUUCUCCCUGGAUUUGCGUGGGAUUCCUCCGGGUGCUCAGGUAUCCCACAGUCCAAAGACAUGCGGUAUGGGUAAAUUGGGAAGGCUAAAUUGUCCGUAGUGUAUGAGUAUGAGUGAGUGUGUAUAGAUGUUUCCCAGAGAUGGGUUGCGGUUGGAAGGGCAUCCGCUGCGUAAAAAAUUUUCUGGAUUAGUUGGUGGUUCAUUCCUCUGUGGUGACCCCAGAUUAUUAAAGGGACUAAGCGAAAAUGAAAAAAAGAUUGCAAGUUUGCAUUGUAUUAUAUAAAUAUUCCUACUACCACAAAGAAUAAUAAUGAAAGCAUUAUUGAAAGUUAUCUGCACAUGUUUGUUAUGACAACAAAAUGGACUAUUAAAAAAUUCAAAACCUGCUGUAAAUUUUUUAAAGAUUUGUAGACAUGAAAAUAUACACAGUAGAAUUAAAGGGAGAUUUCAACCUGAUAAUCCUGUCAUCAUUUACUCACCCUUCACUUGUUCCAAACCUGUUUGACUUUAUUUGUUCUGUUAUUUAAAAUAACUGUUGGAAUAUGGUAACUGUUGACCAUAGUGUUUGUUUUUUUCUACGAAGAAAUUCAACGAUAUUUGGAAUUACUUGAAAGAGAGUAAAUAGUGAGCUUUUUUUGUUUUGAUGACCUAUUCUUUUAA